AUGUUCGUGGACAUGUUCCCCAUGGAUAUGCCACCACCUGGACCCCCAAUAGACAUCUCACCAAGGAAGCCAAAAAGGUCCUACGAACUCCGAUGUAUAAUCUGGAACACUGAUGACGUGGUCCUGGAGGAUGACGCCUUCUUCACGGGAGAGAAAAUGUCAGACAUCUAUGUCAAGGGCUGGGUUAAGGGCUCUGAGGACAUGCAGUCAACAGAUAUCCACUACAGGUCACUAACAGGAGAGGGUAAUUUUAACUGGAGAUUUGUCUUUCCCUUUGAUUAUCUGGUGGCGGAGGAGAAGAUCUCGAAAAUUCCUGCCAGACUCAACUUGCAAGUUUGGGACGCCGACCACUUCUCAGCCGACGACUUUCUGGGUUCUCUUACAUUGGAUUUGAACCGCUUCCCCAGGGGGGCUAAAUCCUCUAAGUUGUGUACCCUGGACAUGCUGAAGACUGACGACUCUGUGCCUCAAAUAUCACUCUUCAAACACCGACGAGUCAAGGGCUGGUGGCCCUUUCAUGUGAAGAAUGAAGGCAGUGAGGAACUCGAGUUGACGGGCAAGGUGGAAGCUGAGCUUCAUCUGAUGACAGUCGAGGAAGCAGAGAAGCACCCAGCUGGCCUUGGUCGAUCAGAGCCGGACCCUCUGGAUAAACCCAAUCGGCCGGACUCGUCCUUCAUGUGGUUCAUGAACCCAUUCAAGUCGCUGAGAUACAUCCUCUGGCACAACUACAAGUGGGUCAUCAUCAAGGUCCUGGUGGUGGCAUUCCUGGCCGCCCUACUGGUGCUCUUCUUCUACUCCAUGCCUGUCGUUGUUGUUUGCUGUCUUCUCUCUGGUAAUUAUCUCUUAAACUGUUUGGUUUCGGUGACAUAUCCUGUCAUUCUCGCUCAUUAG